AUGGGAGCCGAACAAUCAGUGGAAAAUAAAGACCUACCAUUAGCGAAAGAAAAUGUACAAUCGGUGCAAUCGUCCUCUUCAGGCAAAAUGGCCGGAUCUCAUUCAACGGCUGGUGAAAAAUUAGACAUGACAACAAAUCGGAAGCCUGAUCAGAUCGCGGUAGCCAGUCAUCACGGGCACACCUCACCAUCUCCUAGUAGAAGCUACACGACCUCCACAACGCCGUCAGCAACACAAAACAGUUUCGAAGAAUGCCUAUAUCCCUUCCGAGAAAAGGUUAAACAUUUACCAACGUCUGUCCGUAAGGAAAAAUAUGAAGAAGAAAUAUAUCGACUUUUUCGAUCACCCCAUCCUUCACAUCUCGAACGACUCGCACCGGUUAAAGUUCAAAUUGAAAAGGCUGAUCUACUGGAUCGUAAACGAAACACAGUAGUAACAUGGAAUGAAUCACAAUUGACGUACGACAUCGGAAAGGGUGCACUUAUUCAAAGGGUGGUUGCUUUCGUUGGAAACUGGAAAAAAUCGUUCAAGCGAUGUAAUCGUUCGAAAGCGGAUCCGUGGCGACGUUACGGCGCAUUACGAAAAUUGCACGAGAUUGGCGGAAUAGGAUGUACUCCAUCAUCAAAUCAGGUUAGCUCUCAUGGACCACAAAAAUUUUAUCGAAUCGAAGCAGGAUCAACCCCACCACCUCCACCGUCUAUCCCACCCAUUACAACUGUAGAAGAGUACGGUGCUCUUGAAGAGUUACUAGCACCGAAACGGAAAAAAAGCAAAACUCGUAAAUCUGAAAAUAGUCACUAUUGA